AUGCAGCCGCAGCAUUACGGGCAGCAGCAGCAGUACAUGCAGCAGGAGCUGCUGCUGGAGCCGCGUCAACAGCAGCAGCAGCAGCAGCAGCAGCAGCAGCACUAUAACCACCAUGAUUCUGAGAUAGAGAGGCUGCAGCAGCAGUGCCGCUCCUCGCUGGUUGCCUCUCUCCGUAUCGUCGGCGAGACAAACCAAACCUCGCAGCAGACAGCCAUGCAGCUCGCAGCACAGUCAGAGCAGCUGGAGCGCAUCGCCGACACCACGGAGGAGAUAGGCGGCAACCUGCAGACAUCCAAAUAUUUGUUGGGCGGCCUCAAGAGCUGGUGGGGGUCCUUCGCGCAGCUCUUCACUGCACCUACUACCAGCAGCAGCAGCAGCAGCAGCAGCAGCAGCAGCAGGAGACGGCAGCAGCAGCAGCAGCAGGGGCAGGGGCAAGGGCAGGGGCGGUAUUCUGAUGCUGCUGCUGCUGGUGAUGGUAGUAGUGGUGGGGAUUUUGCGGGCAGUCAGCAGCAGCAGCAGCAGCAGCUGCAGCGGGAACAGAUUCAGGUGCAGCAGCAGCAGCAGCUGCUGCAGCAGCAACGACUGUCGCUGCUGCAAGGCCGAGAUGCAGCAGCAGCAACAACAGACAGCGACUUCGACGACGGCGUACAACGAGACCUCCAGAGACUCUCUCUCAUGCUGGGGGAGCUGGAGGGCCGAGCAGCAGCAAUAAACAAAGAGCUGCAGCAGCAAAACGAAACACUGAAUUUCAUCGUCGAUGGCGUGCAGACAAACAAAAAAGAAAUGGAAAAACAAAAACUACAAAUCAAACAAAUACUCAAACGGUGA